AUGGCAGCCGUCAUCUCCAGGUACGACCUCACCAUUGAUGCCGUUGAGCCUGAUGUCCUUGAACACUUUGAGAAAAUUAUUCCCCAUCUUCGAGGCCAUGCUCUUUGGCUCCUUGGCGAGCUUGGUGUUGGCAAGACCCCCUUAGGCCGAAUGCUUGCCAUGAUGUUUUCACGCUUUCAUGGAGGCACUGGCACCUUCAGAUCCGCCAGUGACUUCGACUUCUUCAGAGGCGUCUUCUUUGACAAAACCUGUCCUGCUCUCUACGAUGAUGGAGAGAUUGGGGGAGAAUUGAUCAAAAAGAAGAAGGCCUUUAGUGACGUUGGCGACCAGGAAACUAUCCUCAAGGAAAGAUGGACUGCUGCGAAAUUCGUGCAGCAUCAACUGAGAAUCGUGCUCGACAACCAAUAUGAUCCUGCUGAUGAGCCCCCAGAGGUUCCCUUGGAAGACUUCAUCUCGCACACUGCUUUCAUGAAGUUGGUGAAGCCUGCACUGGACUACAUUGCCAAUGCUGAUGCCAGAGCCAUUCUGAAACGUGCAGCCUUCAUGGUCUUCACCAAGAACUUCAUCUACUACCGUUUCCCUACGGAAAAGGAGGUUGAUGUGAAGCGUCUGAAGUGUCCUUGCGGCGAUCAUUGCCAACACAUCAUUGCCAACAUGAAGGCAGGAGGCCCCAUGCCUGAUGACUAUGAAACUCGAGUUGCUUGGGAAAGUGAAUGGCUCCGGGAAGCUUUCCGCAAACAUGACGCUCCUGAACCUGCAGCAGCUCCAGCACCACAGUCCUCGACACCAAUGCUUGAUGCAUUGCUUCGUGCUGAUGGAGCCGUCCCUGCGCCUGCUGGUUUCAAGCCUAUCCCUGUGAAGCUAGAGUUUCCUGGGCAACGCUUCCAUCAGCUUCGUCUUCUUCAACGUUCAUUGAUCUCAGUGACACACCUCCCCGCGCCUCUACAGCUGCUGCAUCCAGCCAAGAUGCUGAGUCGCUUCCCCCUGUUGGAGAAGCUUUUGAUGAAGGUGAACUUGACGCAGACAACAGCGGUGGUCCGCGAAGGCUUCUUCCUCAAAAUGGAUGGUGAUUUGCGAAGCCUUCUCUCUGGCUUCAAGAAACCGCUUGCGAAACUCAUGGCAAAGAUCAAUGGCAACAUUUGUGAGCAGGUCUUCAGCUGGUUUCGAAACCAUGCGCCCACCUGCAAUGAAAUGAAGAAACUUCGUCACAGGUUUAUUUUGUUUUACUAUGCGAAACGCCACGAUGAAGCCCUUCUACAUGGACAGGCCUCAUACCUUCGCAGCAUCGAGCACACUCGUCAGAAGAAGGUCAAAUCUAAGGCUUAUGGUUGUUCCCCCAAGCAGCGCAAGACGAGCAACAAGAAAGGCAUCAUGAAGGUCAAAAACCAUAUGAAACACUUCAAGGGGAAGUUCAUGAAAAAGGUCAUGAAGAAGUAG